GUGUCUCACUCCAACCUCAAAAGUAUUCCUCACUUUCAUCUCUCUCACUAGCCUUUUUAUCACAAAGCUCAGCCAUGGCCGGGUUAAAUCAGCAGGAGCUACAGUAUGAACAAACAUUGAUGUAUGGUCACUACACCCAGGACCUGGGGGCAUAUGCUAAAGAAGAGGCAGCUCGUCUGAGGGAGAAGAGCGGACGGAGGCCCUCGGCCACAGAACGCUCCCUGUCCCUGGAAAACCCGGACUAUGACAAUGGCCGCUGUGGCAAAUGUUGCAGCUGUAUGUUACGCUGUAAGAAGUUCCUCAUUGCUUGUGUGGGUGAAGACUGGAUCUUCCUCAUCCUUCUGGGACUGUUUAUGGGCCUGAUCAGCUGGGGGAUGGACUACGGCAUUGACUACUGUCUACAUGCACAGAAGUGGGUUUAUAUGAGUCUGGAGAAUAAUGUGUUUCUUCAGUACCUGGCCUGGGUUACCCAUGCUGUGGUACUCAUCACCUUCUCAGCUGGCUUCACACAGUUACUUGGCUCACAUGCCGUGGGUUCAGGUAUCCCAGAGAUGAAAACCAUUCUGAGGGGUGUGGUGCUGAAGGAAUACCUUACCUGUAAAACAUUUGUGGCCAAAGUAGUCAGCCUUACCUCUGCUUUGGGCAGUGGCAUGCCUCUGGGAAAGGAGGGUCCAUUCGUGCAUAUUGCCUGUCUAUGUGCUGCAAUGCUCAGCAGGUUCAUGUCUGUUUUUGGAAACGUCUAUCAGAAUAAGACAAGGUACAUUGAGAUGCUGUCUGCUGCCUCCGCCGUGGGGUUGGCUUCCUGUUUCGCUGCCCCUAUAGGAGGUGUACUGUUCAGUAUUGAGGCAACAGGAACAGUCUUUUUAGUGAGGAACUACUGGAGAGGAUUCUUGGCUGCUACCAUCAGCGCCUUAUUCUUCAGAAUCCUGGCAGUGUGGGACACAGAAGAGGAGACCAUCACAGCUCUGUUUAAAACACGCUUCAGUACGGACUUCCCCUUUGACUUAAAGGAGCUCCUGGCCUUUGCUGUCCUUGGUAUUGCCAGUGGUAUUCUUGGGGCCUUGUUUGUCUACCUGAAUAGACUAAUAUUUGAGUUCAUCAGGAAUCAGAAUUUCAUCAAGAACUUCUUCAUGAAAAGGCGUCUGCUGUACCCAGUCCUGGUCACUAUACUGAUUUCUACACUAACCUUUCCUCCUGGCUUUGGACAAUUCAUGGGAAGCCAGCUUACCCAGAAAGAGUCUCUGCUGUCGUUUUUUGAUAACCGGACAUGGUCCAAACCGGGCACAGCCGAGGACUACGAUUACCCCGACUUCUCAUAUGCCUGGAAACACCCCCAAGUCAAUGUCUUUGUCACCCUUGGCCUCUUCGUCUUCAUGAAGUUCUGGAUGUCUGCCCUGGCCAUCACCAUGCCUGUGCCCUGCGGAUCCUUCAUACCCACUUUUGUCAUCGGGGCAGCGUUUGGUCGUCUGGCCGGAGAAUGCAUGGCAGCCUGGUUCCCUGAUGGCAUCUACAGUGAUGGCACAGUCUACCCCAUAGUGCCAGGAGCCUACGCUGUGGCAGGUGCAGCAGCCCUGUCUGGAGCGGUCAGUCACACAGUGUCAACGGCGGUCAUCAUUUUUGAGUUAACUGGUCAGAUUAGCUACCUCUUGCCGGUAAUGAUAGCAGUGAUUCUGGCCAACGUUGUGGCCCAGUCCUUCCAGCCGUCGCUAUAUGACUCCAUGAUCAAGAUCAAGAAGCUACCCUACCUCCCUGAGCUGGGCUGGGGACACAAUGAGAAGUACAAUAUUCGUGUGAAGGACUUCAUGACAAGGGAUGUAACAUAUAUCACCCUCAACUGCUGCUACAGAGACCUGCAAGAUGUUCUGCAGGCUGGGGAUCACCUCAAGACGCUGGCCCUGCUCAAGUCCAGCCAGUCGAGGAUCCUGCUGGGUUCUAUUGAGCGUGUCGAGCUCCAGGCUGUUGUCUCCCAGCAGCUAGGGCGACCCCGGAGGCUGGAAUACUUGAGGGAGCGGGCGGCAGCAAAGAGGAAGCGCCAGUCUGUGGUUUCACACCUGAGCAGUGAGGGCAUCUCCCAGAAGGCAACCCUGGAAGUCCGCUUCCAGGUCAAUCAGAUCUCCACAGAGGAGUCUACAUUCAGCCCCAUCCACACUCCCUCCAUUGAGCCACUGAAGCCAGCCCUGAAGAGACCCUCUGUGGUGGACCGUCCUGCUGAAAUCCCCAUUCCCACAAGUCCACAGGACAAUUCUGGCAGUGCCUUAAACCCUGAGACAGAUGGCCAGGAGAUCUCCACUUCCUCUGGUCCUGCUCAUACCCCUGUCAUGGAGCCACUGAAGCCAGCCCUGAAGAGACCCUCUCUGGAGGACUGCCCCACAGAGAUUCCCGUGCCCACAAGGCCACUGGAUCAUUCAGAAGAGAUAGAAUACAUAGAGGAAGACGAUAUGAAGGAUGACAUGACCACUGAGGAGAUUGAAGAGUGGGAGGAGAGUCAGCUAGACGAGCCGGUAGACUUCGACAACUGCAAGAUUGAGCCUGCCCCCUUCCAACUGGUGGAACACACCUCACUACAUAAGACCCACACCAUGUUUUCUCUGCUAAGAUUGGACCAUGCCUAUGUCACCAGUAUCGGACGACUCAUCGGAAUGGUGUCCCUCAAAGAGCUCCAGAAGGCUAUUGACGGCUCAUUGGAGGUGAAGGGGGCCAAGGUGCGCCCUCCUAUGGCCAGUUUACGGGACGUCCGCUCCAGCAGCUGCAACAUCGAAAUAGAAGCCACAGAGCUCCACAAGCUGUGGGACCAGUACAACUCUAGGUCCCUCCCCAGGAAGCACCUGCCCUCUGACUCUGAUGAGAAGUCCUAAUAAGAUGGAUGGGGGUGUUGACGAGUAUGAUGAAGAGUAAACCCCUGUCCCUUGAACACCUCAACCAAUACUGCAACUUCAGGGCUUGGGUCCAUAUUUAAUUCUGGAGUAGAAAGCUCUCCCCUCAACCUCCUCUCCUAACCUUCCUGCCUCUCCCUCUCUCCUUUACCCCUCCUCCUCCCCAAUACACCCCCAGUGGGUCUUUGGGCCCUGCACUGAAUCCACAACACUGAAGGAGGAAGACCUCACCUCAAACUGGACCCUCCUCUCAACCAGGGCAGGGGGGCCCACAACAAGAGAGCUGUGUGCAGGGGAGGGAACAAAUAUUUUCAUAGCUAAACAAAGGAGGUUUGAACAAAAUUAAUGGGAUGUGGUAUGAUUAUGAGAGGAAUGUUUUUUUGCAAUCUUGGACUUCAUUAUUGCUCUCCCUUUAAGAUCAUAUUUUAAUUAUAUUCUGGGGACCUGUAAACAGAAAGGUUUCUCUUUGUAUAGCACCUCAAUCUCUCCCUCAGGCAACUGAGGUUGUAUACACAUUGAACAGUUAUCAACCAAUGUACUGAUGUAUUCAAAAGCUGAACAGAGUUCUGGUUAGAUAGUAAGAGUCUGACCUCUGUGCUAAUUACUUAUUCAUGUCUUUUCAUCAGUCUCUAGUUUAAUGUGCUGCAUGGGUUCCUUAGCCAUUUAAAUGUACAAUAUUUAACUAUUAAUGACGACUUGCUAGAUGAUAAAACCCUGUACCUCAGAAACCCACUGUUCAGCAUCCAAUCAGAUCACUCCCACUUCCUCAUGGAAUUGUGGGUAAAAAAAAGGCAUGUUGUAGGUAUGGCCACUACCCUGUUUGAUCAUUUUCUUUCUCACUAUCUCUCUCACGCUCUAAUUGAAAGACAGUGGACGUUUUGGCUUUUUUCUUACUUUCUUACUUUAUAAUUCUGGUACUGAGCAGAGUCACAUUCUGUCUCAAACACCCCUUCUAACUUCAAUUGUUCUGUCAGUGAUUUUUAACAUAUCUUCUCUUAUAUGCAAGUUUAGAGAAUCUUACUAUACACAUUUGGAUGCAUAUUUCAGUACUAUAUUGAACUACAUACAAAAAGACAUGUACAUACACACACACAGUCAUAUCAACCAACUGGAUGUGUUACUUUACUUUCAGCGGUGGGCUUUGCCUGCUGAAAAGUAAACACACACAAAACUCACUAAAAGAAAACACUUGGAUGGGGAAUCAUUAAAAAUGACAAUGACAAAAUACCCGCAAGACCAAAGUAUCAAAAUACAAUUCAAACUAUUGUACUUUAAUAACUUGUAUUUUCAACACAAAACAGAUGGGCAAAUACCUCCUACUCUCUAUAAGAAUUUAAUUUGAUCUAUGUUUCUAUGCUUUUGAUGAUUGUGCUGACCGAAAUACAUUCAUGGGCAUUAUUUUAGACCACAUUUCACCAGGAAUGUUGAAAGGCACUUAAAAAUGAAAUAAAAAAUAAAAUAACUAUUCUAAAAUACUCAAAAAUAGUUUCAAUAUUUUAAAUACAUAACAGAAAUACAUAACAUAAAUUGCCCUUUUCUGUAAAGACUUCCUCACUGACUAAUAUGCCCAUCCCAAUCACAUAGAAAGACGCACACAUCCACACACACGUAAAAGCAUGGCAUUGUAGCACCUUUGAUUUUUACUAAAGGCUGUUCUUUAGAAGUAUGACCAAAAAGAGAGAGUGAAUAGGGACAAACAUUUUUGAUGUGUGUACAUCAUUUUAAAGGACAGUGUCAAUAUGAUAAUAUGAUGAUGUUUUUAUUUUGUAUCUAAUUUACUUACAUUUGAUUAGCAUUAAGUGAAUAAGUUUGAUUGGCAUAAAAUUUAUCAACUGAAUUUUAAUUAUGCUUAUUUUGGGGAAAUGGUAGAGGGCUUACUGGGGAUGCUUUAGCUUAGCAAUGUUUACAGAUUUUAUAAAUGUAACUUGUCAUUACUAUAAUAUUAUAUUAAAAUGCUGUCAAACAAUUAAAAUAAUUAAUUGCAUAAACUUCUGUAGUUAAUCCCGAUUAAUCACAAUUUUAGAAUGUGUUCAAAUGUGGCCCUAAAUAAAUAAUUUUCUCUUUAAAGAGCAGUGCAUUAUGUUGAAGACAUAUUAUGUUUUAUUGUAAACCCCUGUAUGCACAGUGCUUGAUUUAACACCAAAUAAGUGCAGGAGCUGUCCUUUUCCAUGUUGCUCCAUUAGACCAAGGUGUCAUGGCCCUUCUCCCCUGAAAUUGCCAAAAUAAAAGGCAGAAUCUAUUUGAAGCCCAUGUCAAUUUAAAUUGAUCCCACAGUUCUACCAUCUCCUGCCACUGUGCUCUUAAUCAAGGCAACAACUACUAUGUUAGGCUACUGUAUAAAGCACAUACUGACCUCUCUAUGUGGAGCGCAGUCAUUUCAUCCAAUGUUGAGUCACCUAUGUUUAUCCUGGUAUUGUCCUUUAAAGUUUAGGCUAAAAUGUGGUUUGAUUGUGGUUGAGGUGGUAAGAGGGCCUGGAAGUAACUUUUCUGAUGGAUGGUUGGCCACAACCAAUUACCUGUCUUCAUUAAAUAAUUCCCCAAUUUAACAUAAUGUAUGAGGUAGUGAACUUGAAUAUUCAUCAGUUUGGCAAAUUUCUAGAGAGGUUUAUCCACAAACAUUAUUCAGGAGAGAUCUGAAAUCCAUUUAUGCACAGCAUGGAAGCUGUUAAUUCCACCAUUAUAUUGUUUUAGUGGAAACACGACUGACGACAACAUAAAAAUUAAGCUUAGGCUGGCAAAACAUUAAACAAUCAUAACUUACCAUGCAAGGUUAACAUGUGAAUUCGUUAACACAAGGCUUCUCGGGACCAGUUAGAAACAAGGGAUGGGAGGCACUGCAGGUUUUCCCAUAGACAAACCAAACCACCACAACUUGGAACAGCAGACAGUUCUAAAUAUGGAUACUAACGUUAUAAAAGCACCGGAUUUACACACAUGGCGAGUUAACACGAUUAAUGAUAUGAAUGCAUUAGCUUCUGUUUUCAAUUGUUAAAUUAAAAAAUGUUAUGUGAAGAACUCUGGACAGCUCCAGCAAGUCAAAUGCCAACAAUGUUACCCGUAGACUGUUGCAAAACCAGUGAAACAAGUGACAGCUUCCUCUGAAGUCCAGAACUUACAGUAGGCCUACUAUAUGGAUGGUUCUGAAAAAAGAAAAAUGCUUUAACAACACCAAAAAUUAAUGGUGUUAACGUUUUUUCAUUAAUAGCAUGUGUUCAAGUUGGCAGCCCUAAUUAUUAUUAUUGUUAUCUGUUGAUUUAAUGUUCCUAAAAUUCCUUAUUGAUUUGGUAAUGAAGCUAAUGGGAAAAGGUCCACUGUGACGGCAUCAUUGGCGCACAUUCAAUAAAUCUAAUGUAACAAAUUGGAUUAAGAUUUGUAUUUGUUUUAUUGUAACAGGCCCACAAUGUGGUUGCUUGGAUUACAUUUUAUUAUAUUUAUUAUGUCUUUUACAUUGUUUGAUUCAAAUGAGCUGGCAUCACAGCUAACAUUGCAAAACAUGUUGUGAUAAUCAAAGUGAUUUCAAACAGCUGUUGAUUGGUGACAAUGAUGAUUAUAAACAUAUUGGGAAGGUUGAUGUAUAUCUUAGCAUUGACUAUUUUUUUUACUUUAACUUAUUGUGAAAUACACAUGAAUACUAGCCUAAAUGUUGGCCCAUUUGCUAGGUAAAAUAUUUAAGAUUUUUGCAUAUUUUCCACAUAAUUUUCAAUUACUUCCCCAUUGUUUUAAAUUGAAGAUACCAACAUUAGAUUUUAUUUCUUGUAUAGCUAUUUUUAAUGUGUGGGGGUUUUAAUAUUUUCCAUUACUCAGACACUCUUCCUAUUUUUCCAUUUCCACUAUCUUAGAUAUUUUGUGGCAGGUAUAUAUUUAUUUAUAGGUAUCCAUCAAAAUAGAAGAAUAUUAGAAUUUAUUUUUAUUUUUAAAUCUAAUAAUUAGGCUAGUAAACUUCUGCUAUACUUUUUAUUACUCUCAUUAUGUAAUUCAGUGCAAUCAAGAACAAAUAAAACAUUUUAUAUACCAGUGAUAAAUAAAGUGAUUUUUGCAAAUUGUAAUCUGCAGUCUUGGUCAGAAUAUCUUGUCAUCUUUAAAGCUUUUCUUUCCCUUGUCCCUCCUCUUUUGCUCUCAUCUCUGUUUUAACUACUCUCCCAGACUACAUCAUUCAACCAUAGAUCUAGAUUGUAGGGCAUAGGGUUGAGUGACUGAUUUGUAUUAAAUUGAAUGUUUUUUUCUAAAAGUUUGCUAAGCACUAGUAGCAGGUUGAUUGAUUAGCUUCGUGAACGAUUAGGGUUUUCUCACUCUUUUUCCUCUUUCUCGAUUCGUUUUCUCUCUCUUUCUCUGUUUCUUCAGUUAUUUUCAUUCCAUUUAGGGUGUUUGUAGUUUUCUCUUUUUUUCAGAGUAAAAUACCAUCUGUGCUGAAAUGUGCAGACAAAUGCUUAGAUAACCAGGUUCAUUUGAUUGAUUGGUAGGCUUCUCUGUCCCAUAACAGUCCCACGACAGGCUUCAGGUGUGAAUAGCAGUCCUCUCUCCCCCUGGAGUCUAACGUGUGUGUGUGUGUGUGUGUGUGUGUACUGCUUAGAAUACUGUGCCAGAUGAGUUCCAGAUGAGUUCUAGAUUAUGUCCCAGUGUAAUCUGUAAUAUCUUUAAUCCCUGUAAUCUGACCAAAAGUCAACACUGCAAUCUGAGACGAGACCCAACAUCACACAAUCCUGUUAUUUGGAUUAUUCAUGUCCAUUGCUUUCAAAAAGUAUUCAGGCUCCUUCACUUUCUACACAUUUUGUAGUGUUUGUUUGCCAUCAGUCUACACACAAUAUUCCAUAAAGA